AUGUUGCAGCCUCAGAAAAUAAAACGGCAGAAGUGUGACCUUGCGGAGAAGCUACGUUUCUACCUUGCGGCCGCCAAAGUUGCGAAACGGUGUUUGGACGAACUCGUCCAGAAUGUUGUCGGCGGACUGGAAGGAUGUGAAGUCCAGUUCGCGGACGUCAAGUCGCUCGAAAGCACGGAACGCAAGACCGUCAACUUUUAUAGCGGAGACGUCCGGAAGGUCGCCGACAUGGCUCGCUUGUCCGUGGUCUGCAAGAAGCCGGAGGACCUCAAGCAGGCAUACUUGGGCAUCACGAGAAAACUAAAGCCACGAGAUAUUUUUCGGGUCACUAACGGGUUCAUCUCCGACUGGAUGCCCAGCGGCUACCGGGAUGUGAAACUGAACGCCGUUGUUAACGGGCAUCUAUGCGAGAUUCAGCUGCACCUCCGGGAGUUCUACAACUUAAAGCGCCAUCAGCACGUUGUGUACGAGUGGGCGCGGGAUCUUAACGUGACUAAGGCGAUGGUAGCGGACCAACUCUUCGAGAACCUGUCGCGCGAGGUUAUGGAUGAGAUGAUCCACCUGGCUGAGGGCAACUGGCAUGAGACCGGGUUUUUGCUGCCGCGCUUGCAGCUUUCCGCUGGGCGGUACGCCCAUGCAGAGGAUGGGCACAGAAAGGCGCUCUCUGAGGCCGAGCGCACCGUUCGAGGUUUGAAGGACAACGCAACCAAGGAAUGGAAGUGGGUGUUCCGCCAAGAAAUUCAAGCGGCGGCUGAUCUUGGUGACUGUUUGGAGCGACAGGGCAAGUACGACGAGGCGGAACCGUUGUACACUAGAGCUAUCGUUGACGGAGAGAAGACCCUUGGUGAAGGUCAUCCGGAAAUUGCUGUGUGGAUGAACGACAAGGCCAUCGUGGUGCAGAAUCAGGGGAAGUAUGAAGAAGCCGAACGACUGUUCAAGCGCGCCAAGGACAUAAAUGAGAAACUUUUCGGUGAGGAGCACCCGGAGGUUGCCACGGUCCUCGACAACUGGGCCUCGUUCUUGGCGGAGAGUAAGCAGGCUAUUCGAGAGAAGGUCCUGGGCCUGGAUCAUCCAGAUGUAGCCCAGUCGCUCAACAACCGGGCGGCGUUGCUACAGCUGCAGGGCGAGUACUCCGAAGCAGACCCUUUCUUCAAAAGAGCUGCUGCAAUCAACGAGGCGGUUCUUGGGCCACAACACCCAACAGUGGCUGCAGACUUCAACAACCGUGCGGAGUUAUUGCGCGAGCAGGGCAAGUGCGCUGAAGCGGAGCCACUCUACGAGCUUGCGAUCAAGAUCUGGGAGGAGGCACUCGGGGCUGAGCACCCGAACAUGGCCGUCGGACUCAACAACCAGGCCCAGUUGUUGGAGAGUCAGGGCAAGUAUGAGCAGGCUGACCACAAGUACCGCCAAGCUAUUGAGAUUGGCGAGAAAACGCUGGGUCGUGAUCACCCCAACGUGGGGACCUGGCUCAGCAACCGAGCUGGUUUGUUGGAGACGCAGUGUGACUAUACCGAGGCGGGCCCUCUGUACCUAAGGGCGAUCGAGAUAGGAGAAAAAGCGCUUGGCCCUGAUCACCCAGACAUUGCGACGAGGCUCAACAGGCGGGCGGGGUUGUUGCGAUUGCAGCUCGAAGCAAGCCAGCAGUCCUGUCUCGAGAAGAGCUCGACACGUUCGGCGCAGAUCGAAGAAAUGAUGUCAUUCAACUAUCGACGCAAUCUAUAG